CAAGAGCCAACAUGAACGUGGGAACAGCACACAGCGAGGUGAAUCCCAACACCCGUGUCAUGAACAGCCGGGGCAUCUGGUUGUCCUACGUCCUUGGAAUCGGCCUGCUGCACGUCGUGCUCCUGAGCAUCCCCUUCUUCAGCGUCCCUGUGGUUUGGACUCUAACCAACAUCAUUCACAACAUGAGUAUGUACAUCUUCCUACAUACCGUGAAAGGAACUCCUUUUGAGACUCCAGACCAGGGGAAGGCUCGGCUGCUCACGCACUGGGAGCAGAUGGACUACGGCGUGCAGUUCACGGCAUCACGCAAGUUCCUGACCAUCAUGCCCAUUGUCCUGUAUUUUCUAACCAGCUUUUACACCAAGUAUGACCGGAUACACUUCGUAAUCAACACCAUCUCCCUUAUGAGCGUCCUGAUACCCAAACUGCCUCAGUUUCAUGGAGUCCGGAUCUUUGGGAUCAAUAAGUACUGAACUGCGUGGCUUGAGGGAACGGAAGAGGAGCAGGGAAGAGGGGAAAGUUCCUUCUCUCUAGUCCUGUUCCUUCACCCCCACGCACACUGGGAUAUAAUUUCAGAGCGGCUGUUUAAAUGCAGUAUCCAAUAGACAUAUACCGCAUGCUGGAUCCUCAUGCCCAAUAAAUCUAAACAAGCUCCAGAGUAGAGUUUAGUGCAGAGCAGGAUGCACAAGGCUGGAUUUCUCUUACUCCAGUGUCAUAGACGCAGAUACACUGAGACUUCAAGGUACAAUGAGGAUGAAUUCUGGGGAGAUUUUCAUCUGUCCCAGACAUUGAAUGAUGAGAAUAGGGAUGAGGGGAAAAGCUUUUAGUGCUGGUACUAUUGCUGUGGUAAAUGCACUUUAAAAUGUAUUUCCCUUUCUGAAGCUAGGUGCUUUAAGCGAUACAUGGGGGAAAUUCAAAGGGAUACAGCCAGACUUUCCCAAUACUUGAUUGGUUCGGGGUUUGAGUUC